AAAAUACUCCGUGUAUUGUAUUUAACGGAUCCAUAUUUUAAAGUCAGUUUUUUAAAUGUGUGUGCAUUCGUAUAAUAUAUUGUUUAUAACACCACAUUAUUUUUAAAUAUGUUUUUUCAGAUUUCUCCGGUAUAUAAAAAACCCAAGGUGAAAUUGCUGCAGAAAAAAGUUGAAGAUGAAGCUCAAAUUGAGACGUUAUCGUUGGCUCCUUUUACGGCAAAUCCGAAAAUUGUCUUCGAAAAUGUUACCGUCGGUACUGUUCAUAGCAGAAAAUUAUUGAUUUUAAAUCCUACAGCCAAUAAUAUCUACUUGACUGUUAUACAAAAAAUGGAGGAAGAUUUACAUUUAAACUUUGACUGGGUGCAAGCAGAAGUAAAAGCCGGGGAGCAAAAACUACUGGAAAUGGUUUGGUGUCCAGGAAUGGAAGUGAGGUGCCGUCAGAUGUUUACAUUGUCCGAUGGUAAAAAAAUUCACCGUGAUGUAGCUGUAAUUUUGAAAUCCACAGCUCCAAAGAAAGCAAGGGUCGCCGAAAAAAGGAAGUCGGCCGCCAGUACCGUGCCGUUGGUUCGUAAACCUAUAUCGAUCGCGAAAAAACUCAAACCGUCGUCUCCGCGCCGCUACUCUCCGCCGAAGCCGCACCGCCCUUCCAGUCCGCUGCUUGAUGACGGACGUGGACGCCACACACUGGGACAAAAAGGCUGUGAUGCGAAAAAUAUUAGUUCAAAUGUGCCCUGCCUCACGGCGAACAAAGAAAACUUGUCGCCAGCCACCAACAACAGUUCGUACUUCGUCUCCCCCACGAAUUUGACGUUUGGCAUGGACGGGACGAAAAUCGACCCGAGACGUGCGACCUACGUUGUGAACCACGCCCCCAUCGACGCCAGGUACAUGUACACGGUCAAUGCUUCCCCCAACUUCGACGAUAGCUUGGAAUCGCCGGGUCCGCCGCCCCUUAGGGAGUUGGGGAACACCUUCGACCUGAAAAAGUACUCGCCCGGUUUCGAGUACAAGCUUCAUGUCGAGGAGUCAUUUACGUUCUCGCCAGCGAACUUCCAGCCAUCGGUGACGUCGUCCACCAGCAAACCGUCGUCGCGCGAAGCCUCGGCGGAAGCGGAGCGGCUCGGUUUUUACCUAAAUUUUAGCGGCGGCAGCAGCAACACCUACACCAAGUGCGACGUCAGCGGCGGAACAUACGUGAAGGACGACAGCUCGUUCGAUAAGUCCCCGGUGACGAGCAGACGUGAGCCGAGCCCGCCCACGUUACUCAGAUCUCGUGCUUUCGAUUUCGCGGAUGUGGGCGUAACCGAGUUCCGCAAGCAGCAGCUCUCGUCGAUCGCAGAAGAGCAGCCUACGGGUUGCCACGGCGGCGGGGCGAAACGGAAAAGUCCGCGCUUUUACCACGCAGUGUGUCCGAAACGACCUCACGUCGCUCAGAGGCCCGUCCAGGAAUGGUCAAGGCAGCAGCAGGCGGCCUGCAGGACCGCCAGAAAGAGCGGCGGCCUUAACCUGAAAAGGUUCAACGCGGACGGCUCGACCUCCGCGCCCCUCACGGUCGUUUCGGAAACUAAAAUAAGUUCCGUUAUGGUCCAUAAUCCGUUCCUGUACGCGCACAUCCUGGACCCGUUUAUGACCGCACACGUGUACUGCACUGAUGAGUGGCUGGAGCGGCAGCAGGAGAAUUUCAGAAAGUGGCUCAACGUGCUGCUCACGCCACCCGAAGAGUUGCUAGCGCAGACCGACGAGAUAGACGUCGCGAAAAUUUGGCAGGAUUGCAAAAAGGCGGAAUCGAUCGCCGACGCGCCAAGCAGGGAAUCGCUCUCCCUCAGUGCGCACCACUCGAACAGUAAACUCGACGCCCUCCGUAAGCAAGCCCGGGCUGUGUUCAAAUCGGAACGCGUGUGUUCCGCCCUAUACAAAGUCUGCUUGGCCGUUGACUCGGACAAGCUCUCCAUACGCGACGACAAGGACAUCCACCUAAACCUGAGACUCAAGGCGGACGUGACCGCCCUUAUCCUCAGCUACAACCCGCUAUGGCUGAGGCUCGGUCUCGAAACCAUCUACGACGAGGUGCUGCCGCUGCGGUCCAACAGCGACACCGCCGGCCUGCUGCGGUUCCUGAUGGAGCGCUUCUUCAGGAACCCGCAACUUGUGAAGAAACACAAAACCGUCUACUCGCCCAAGUACGCGCGCGACUUGAAAAGGUUCGCGUUGAAAAAGUUCCUGACGCUCGUUUACCUGUUGGACGCGUGCAAAAUGCAAAAACUGAUCCAGCACGAUCCGUGUCUGUUUCGGAAGAACGCGCAGGACAAGGAGAGCCGCCUGGUGUUGAUCCGUUUCGCCCGCGAGACGCUCUCCGCCGUCGGCGACAUCACCAAAUACCUCAAAUCCCUCGGCUACGUCGUCCACCACGUGCAGUCGUACAUUCACGAAUUCGAAUACGGCGUGAAGACGCUCAGCGGCGACUUAAGAGACGGGGUGCGCCUCGCUCGCGUCAUGGAAAUUAUCCAGUUGCGCGACGAUCUCACCUCCAAGCUGCGCGUGCCGGCCAUAUCGCGCCUGCAGAAGGUGCACAACACGCAGGUAGUAUUCGACGCGUUGAAGGAGAGCGGUUACGACGUCCAGCACGACAUCACGCCCAAGGAUAUAGUGGACGGUCACCGUGAGAAGACGUUGUCGUUUUUGUGGCAGAUCAUCUACAAAUACGAGGCACCACUGAUGCAUAAGAGCGCCACUACCGUGCAGAGGUGGUUCAGGAGCUUGCCGAUAGCGUUGAAGAGGUCCCGACUGCGCAGAAUCCGGCUGCGCAGGGAAGAAGCCGCGCGUACUAUCCAGCGGUGGUACACGCGUCUCAAAAGGGCGAGAGUCUACGAGCGUUUCAGCGUGAUUGCCCGCGUUGUAAUCCGACUGCAAGCGAUAGGGCGUGGCUGGCUCGCGCGUCUCGACUAUCGGCACAGGAUCGACGCGGCCGUCACACUUCAAAAGAACUACCGCAUGUGGGUGGCGAGGAAACACUACGUCACAUUACGAAACGCUUGCGUCACUAUCCAGCGCACCUACAGGGCGUCGAAGUUGGCGAGCAGUCAAAGAUUGGCGUACUUACGCCUGCGAGGGGCGGUCAUCGCUGUGCAGCGGCGCUGGAGAGCAAAGCGUCUCGGCGAUGCCCAGAGACGCGCGUAUUUAAAACUCAAAGGGAGUGCCGCCGCCGUGCAGCGUCGAUUUAGGGCGCUGAUCGAAAUGAAAACGCAACGGAACUCUUACGUGGAACUUAAGCAAAGCGUCGUGAAGAUCCAGCGAUGGUAUAGGUCCGUAUUGGUGAUGAGGACUUGCAGGAACAGGUACUUGGCCUUGAAAUUGUCAGUUUCGGUUGUCGAAACCAAGUACGCGGCGUUGAGGUCGAUGCGGGUACAAAGAGCCGAGUAUUUGACGAUGAAGACGUCCGCGGUCGUUAUCCAGAGGUGGUUCAGAGGCGUCACACAGACCAGAACGUUACGAAUCCAGUUUCAAACGACGAGACUAGCCGUCGUAAUGAUCCAGCAUCGCUACAGGGCGAACUUGGCGAUGAGAAACGAACGCGAUGCUUAUCGGCGAUUUCGCAAAGCCGCCCUAACGAUCCAGAGCCGGUUCAGGGCGGUGAAAGCCAGAAAGGAAUUUUUGAAGCUGAAAUGGGCAGCAGUCGUCACCCAACAGAGGUAUAGGGCGAAGGUCGAGAUGGGGGUUCAACAAAAGUGGUUUUGUCGCUUGAAGCGGGCGGCAUUAGUCAUACAGAGGGGGUACAGAGCUCGUUUGGCCAUGCAAAAUGACCUGGAGUACUAUACAACUUUGAGAAAGGCCGUCAUAACCAUCCAGAGCAGGUUUAGGUCGGUAAAGGCCAGAAAGGAGUUUUUGAAGUUGAAAUGGGCUGCCGUCGUCAUCCAACGGAGGUACAGGGCAAAGAUGGAGAUGGAGGUUCAGCAAAAGUGGUUCUGCCGCGUGAAGUGGGCGGCGUUAGCCAUACAGAGGCGGUACAGAGCUCGCUUGGCCAUGCAAAAGGACCUGGAGUACUAUACAACAUUGAAAAAGGCCGUCGUAACCAUCCAGAGCAGGUUUAGGGCGGCGAAGGCCAGAAAGGAGUUUUUGAAGUUGAAAUGGGCUGCCGUCGUCAUCCAGCGGAGGUACAGGGCGAAGAUGGAGAUGGAGGUUCAGCAAAACUGGUUCUGCCGCGCGAAGUGGGCGGCGUUAGUCAUACAGAGGCGAUACAGAGCUCGCUCGGCCAUGCAAAAGGACCUGGAGUACUAUACAGUGUUGAGAAAGGCAGUAGUAACCAUCCAGACCAGGUUCAGAGCGUCGAAAGCUAGGAAAGAAUUUUGGAAGUUGAAAUGGGCAGCAGUCGUCAUCCAACAGAGGUACAGGGCGAAGGUGACGAUGGAGAGACAGCAAAACUUGUUCUGCCGCCUGAAGUGGGCGACCUUAGUCGUACAGAGGCGGUACAGGGCUCGCUUGGCCAUGCAAAAGGAUCUGGAGUACUAUACAACGUUCAGAGAGGCCGUCGUAACCAUACAGAGCAGAUUUAGGGCGGCGAAGGCCAGAAAGGAGUUUUUGAAGUUGAAAUGGGCGGCCGUCGUCAUCCAACUUAGGUACAGGGCGAAGAUGGAGAUGGAGGCUCAGCAAAAGUGGUUCUGCCGCGUGAAGUGGGCGUCGUUAGUCAUACAGAGGCGAUACAGAGCUCGCUUGGCCAUGCAAAAGGACCUGGAGUACUAUACAACAUUGAAAAAGGCCGUCGUAACCAUCCAGAGCAGGUUUAGGGCGGCGAAGGCCAGAAAGGAGUUUUUGAAGUUGAAAUGGGCUGCCGUCGUCAUCCAGCGGAGGUACAGGGCGAAGAUGGAGAUGGAGGUUCAGCAAAACUGGUUCUGCCGCGCGAAGUGGGCGGCGUUAGUCAUACAGAGGCGGUACAGGGCUCGCUUGGCCAUGCAAAAGGACCUGGAGUACUAUACAACGUUCAGAAAGGCCGUCGUAACCAUUCAGAGCACGUUCAGGGCGGUGAAGGCUAAAAAGGAAUUUUUGAAGUUGAAAUGGGCAGCCGUUGUCAUCCAACAGAGGUACAGGGCGAAGGUGGCGAUGGAGGUACAGGAAAAGUUGUUCUGCCGCCUGAAGUGGGCGACCUUAGUCGUACAGAGGCGGUACAGGGCUCGCUUGGCCAUGCAAAAUGACCUGGAGUACUAUACAGCAUUGAGAAAUUCCGUCGUAACCAUCCAGAGCAGGUUCAGGGCGGCGAAGGACAGAAAAGAGUUUUUGAAGUUGAAAUGGGCGGCCGUCGUCGUCCAACGGAGGUACAGGGCAAAGGUGGCGAUGGAAGAACAGCAAAACUGGUACUGCCGCGUGAGGUGGGCGGCGUUAGUUAUACAGAGACGAUUCAGGGCGUGGAAAACUAUGAAAAUCGAGAGGGUGAAGUACGUCGAGCUGAGGCGCGCGACGUUGAGUAUACAGAGGUAUUGCCGUGGGUAUUUGGUGCGAAAAAAGUACGAGCCGUUGCUCACUCCGGAGGCAGUCGAGGCGAGGAGGGCGGAGAAGCUCAGGAACGCCGCGGCUGUCAGGAUUCAAGCCGCAUGGAAGGGAUACGCGCAGAGGAAUUCGAACGUCGCGGAGAUGGGCGCGAUCAGAAGAUGGAAGAAGCUGGCGGCGACGAAGCUUGCGAUGCCGGGGGCGAACAAGACUCUCGCCGAGCGGUGCGAAACGGCCAUGAUGUGUAUAACGAACGAGCAUGCGACGCUGUUACAAAUCAUCAAGGCUCUCGAGGACAUAGAUUUCGUGACGAGACACUCUCGCGAUUCGUGCCUGAGAAUGAGCCUCAUCUUGCCCGACCAGCUUUGCAUCAUAAUAUCGUCGGCGGCGCGCUCAUUGCCCGAAAUGAACGCGUGCAAUUUGGCGGCGUACAUCCUCAUCAACUUCUACAAAUACCCAAAGACUAGGCCCAGCAGUUGGGUGCCCCAGUACAUCGAUCAAAUUGUAAACGUUCUGAUGCACUCUUGCGAUAAGGAUGAGCCGCUGUUCACUACUCUGUGCACGUUGCUUUGGUUGUUUGCGCACGAGCGCAAAUGGAAGAAGUUCAUCAUGAAUUUGCCGAAUAUCCAGUCCAGGCUUUCGAAGAUAGAAGCAUUGGUGCAGCGUAAGCAAAACAUGACGGCCAAGAAGAAGAACCUCGGUAGCCACUCGUAUUUCGGUUACCUGAAAAAUCCAGUGUUGCCAACUUGUACCGCCAAUUGGGGUCUAGAUUACGAGCGACCCAAUACAUUUACGAAUUCCGUUUAUGCCAUCGAAAAUUUACUGAAUAUUUUGAAUUCUUAAAGGAUGUAGAAAAGAUUAAGCGCCUCUCUAAAUAUUUGUAUCCAAAGUUGGAAUUUUAAAAAGUGUUGUUAUGUCAUGAAGAUUUGUUGUUAUUGUUGAUAUCAUACUACUAACAGGUAAAAUAUA